CGUCCGUGUCAACACCUCGCUCAACAAUCAAUCCCGGUUCAUAGCUCCGCGUAAACAUCACGCGCUGCCUCUUUGUAAUCUCAAUCCAUUAUCCAUGGCUUCGUCGUCCUCCAUUCACGCUCGACUAGCUCUCGUAGCUCUUCUCUCCGCGACUACUCUCUACUGCAUCCACAAAUACCGCCGCCUGAAACGUCUCAAAACCCUCUCCUUAAACCCUAGCACGAGAAGGGGAAAGAUCUUCUUCAUCUCCGAAACGGGAACAUCCAAAUCCCUAGCUCAGCGCCUCCACAAGCUCCUGGAAUCGAACGGCGUCGCGUUCGAUCUCGUCGAUCCAACUAGCUACGAGCCGGAGGAUCUCCCCAAGGAGACGCUGGCCAUCUUCGUCGCGUCGACGUGGGACGGAGGGAAGCCGCCCAAGGACGGGGAGUUUCUCGUCGACUGGCUAUCGGAGAGCGCGGAGGAUUUUCGAGUCGGAUCGCUUCUUCUCUCCGGUUGCAGAUUCGGAGUCUUCGGCGUCGGGAGCCGCGCUUACGGCGAGGAGUACAACGCGGUGGCGAAGGAGAUGUCGAGGAGGAUGGUGGGGUUGGGGGGAGCGGAGAUGGUUCCGUUGGGAGAAGGUGACGUGGACGAUGGAGAGUUAGAUAGAGCGUUUCAGGGGUGGUGUGAUGGAGUGAUUAGAGUUCUGAAGGGAGGCUCUGCUCAGGCUCAAGAAACUAAUGAGAUUACUCAAAACGGUGUCGUUGAGAGUGAAGACGAAUACAUUGAUACAACAGAUGAAGAGGAGGAAGAUGAUAAUAAUGAUAUUGUUGAUCUUGAAGAUAUUGCUGGAAAAGCUCCUUCUAUGAAGAAUGGUGUUGUUAAAGUUGCGAAACGUGGUGAUGGGAAGAAGGAGAUGGUGACUCCUGUGAUUAGAGCUAGCCUAACGAAACAGGGGUAUAAGAUCAUUGGCUCGCAUAGUGGGGUUAAGAUUUGUAGAUGGACGAAGUCACAGCUUAGAGGCAGGGGAGGUUGUUACAAGCACUCCUUUUAUGGCAUUGAGAGUCACAGGUGUAUGGAGACAACACCUAGUUUAGCUUGUGCGAACAAAUGUGUCUUCUGUUGGAGGCAUCACACAAAUCCCGUGGGGAAGAGCUGGCAGUGGAAGAUGGACGAUCCUAAAGAGAUUGUGAAAGGUGCUCUUGAUCUUCAUACAAAGAUGAUUAAACAGAUGAAAGGAGUUCCAGGUGUAACUCCAGAGAAGUUACAAGAAGGCCUAACGCCAAGGCAUUGUGCGUUAUCACUUGUUGGUGAGCCAAUUAUGUAUCCAGAGAUCAAUGCCCUUGUGGAUGAGCUUCAUGGAAAGCGUAUUUCCACAUUCUUGGUUACUAAUGCACAAUUCCCCGAAAAGAUCUUGAUGAUGAAGCCUAUCACCCAGUUGUACGUAAGUGUAGAUGCUGCCACCAAAGAGAGCUUGAAGGCUAUUGAUAGGCCUCUCUUUGCAGACUUCUGGGAGCGGUUUAUUGACUCCUUGAAAGCUCUCCAAGAGAAGCAGCAACGAACAGUCUAUCGUUUAACACUUGUCAAAGGAUGGAACACAGAAGAGCUAGAAGCUUAUUUCAAUCUCUUCAGCAUUGGGAAACCUGACUUCAUCGAGAUCAAAGGGGUCACAUAUUGUGGAUCAUCUGCAACAUCAAAGUUGACAAUGGAGAACGUACCGUGGCACGCUGACGUUAAAGCAUUCUCAGAAGCUCUGUCUGUGAAGAGCAAUGGAGAGUACGAGGUUGCUUGCGAGCACGCCCAUUCUUGCUGUGUUCUUCUAGGGAGAACUGACAAGUUCAAGGUGGAUGGAAAGUGGUUCACCUGGAUCGACUAUGAGAAGUUCCAUGAUCUGGUUGCGUCUGGAGAACCAUUCACGAGCAGGGACUAUAUGGCUGAAACACCAUCAUGGGCAGUUUAUGGAGCAGAGGAAGGUGGGUUUGAUCCAGAGCAGUUGCGUUACAAGAAGGAAAGGCAUCAUCACCCUAAACCACAAGCUAUUGUAGCUUAAGAGAAGAAGUAAGCUAAUGUCUUUUUUAUUGUUAUAAAGCCUUUGUUUUAUUUGGUCAACUUCAGCGUUACAUGUUACUCCUGGAAAGACGUUAAGGCUUUGAAACCAUAUCAAACUGAAAUACUAAUAAUCAAGUUUUUGAAUUUA